UCGGGCACCAAUGUGGUCGUGGACAUCGCGGUGAUGGGGGAGGCCCACGGUCUGAUCUCAGACCUGCUGGCAGACCCUUCGCUGCCCACCAACACCUGCAGCUCUCUGAAGGCCGUCAGCAACCUCCUCAGCACCCAGAUCAGCCUGCAGCCGCUCAAUCGGCUCCGCAUCCCUGCAGACAUAAACACCUGCUCUGACUCGGAGGAGGGGCCGGAGAAAACAGAGAGACUGGCCAUUCCAAAGCGUCUAAGACGGAGCUUGCCCCCAGGAUUGCUCAGGAGAAUCUCCUCAACUUGGACCACCACCACCUCAGCUACAGGGCUGCCCACCAUCGAGCCGGGCCCUGUGCGCCGAGACCGCUCAGCCAGCAUCAAACACACCACAGAGAGUGAAUCGUGGAACAACUCCUUGAUGAUGACCAUCUCAAAGAGUCGCUCCAUGUCCGCCUCCUAUGCUGCCAACGUCACCAUCAACCACCUCUACAGCAAACCACUGGGAAGACCAGGUUUCCCCCCCUCCAACGUAUCACCUCUGGGCUCUCCGUGCCCAUCUCCUCCCCACCAGGGCACGCCUGCCUCCAGCCCAACCAUCAAGACAUGUUCAGUGCAGCUUCCUGAGCUGGCUGUGCCCCUUUUAGAGCAGACCCCUGGCUCUGUGGUCCCCAAGAGCCACCACAGAGCCUUAACUCACAGCCAGAGCGCCCCAAGCUCCACCACCCCUCACUGGCGGCCUGCAUCACUCUGCGGCAGCUGUGGCAGGCCAUUCAACAAUCAAUUGAACCACAGGGGGGAGUCUUUCGACAAAGGGGACAGAAUACCCCAUCCAGAUGAGCGCGCAGUAGCUUCCUCAGACUAUGACAGCACCUACGACAGCACCUAUGAGACCAACCACAGUGACAGCAGCGACUUUGCACAGAAUGAUGAGGAGGGAGAGGGAGGCAAGAAGCAGCCUGAAGCCAGGGAAGGUUGCAGGGAGUAUCUGGCAGAGGGAAUCGUUCUUCACCCACUCCUGUCAUCACCAGAGGACACGCCAGUCUCUGCCCAGGAGCCUCUGGCGGUGUCUGAGCUGGAGCCUCUCUUGUGUCAAAUCAACAACUGGAACUUUCCUAUUUUCAGUCUGAUGGAGAAGACCAAUGGCAAGACAGGCUGCAUCCUUAGUCAGGUUUCCUAUAAGCUCUUUGAGGACACAGGUCUAUUUGAGACCUUCAGAAUUCCUGUACGAGAGUUCAUGAACUACUUCCAUGCUUUGGAGAACGGAUACAGGGUCAUCCCUUAUCAUAACCGGAUCCAUGCCACUGAUGUGCUCCAUGCUGUUUGGUACCUCACCACUCAGCCGGUACCGGGCCUGCCGACCCUGCUGACUGAGAAUGGGAUACUCACUGACCCAGAGAAUGGCAUUUCUCCUGGUGCCACAGGCUUCCUGGUGUCCAAGAUGAACUCUGUGCUGGAGGACGGUUACAGCUCCCUGGCUGGCCUCAUCCCUGGCCUGGAGCUCAUGGCCCUCUAUGUAGCUGCUGCAAUGCACGAUUAUGACCAUCCUGGAAGGACUAACGCUUUCCUUGUAGCUACAAGUGCACCGCAGGCUCUUCUGUACAAUGAUCGUUCCGUCUUGGAGAACCACCAUGCAGCUUCAGCGUGGAACCUCUUUAUGUCCCGACCUGAGUUUAACUUCCUGGCAAACCUCGAACAUGUGGAGUUCAAACGCUUCCGCUUCCUAGUUAUUGAAGCCAUCCUGGCCACUGACCUCAAAAAGCACUUUGACUUCCUUGCAGAAUUUAACGCUAAGGUAGGUGACGAAGGAGUUUCCGGUAUUGAUUGGACCAACGAAAACGACCGGCUGCUGGUGUGCCAGAUGUGCAUCAAGCUGGCUGAUGUCAAUGGACCGCUGAAGUGUAAGGAGCUGCACCUGCAGUGGACAGAGGGCAUCGUCAACGAGUUCUACGAACAAGGUGACGAAGAAGCGAGUCUGGGCCUUCCCAUCAGCCCUUUCAUGGACCGGUCCGCUCCACAGCUCGCUAAACUGCAGGAGUCGUUCAUCACUCACAUCGUGGGGCCUCUGUGCUCCUCCUACAACUCUGCUGCUCUUAUGCCGGGACGCUGGGUUGACCCCCCUGAGGGAGAGACAGAUGCAGAAGAGGCGAAGGAGGGACUCGAUACAGAAGAGGAAGAGGAGGAAUCAGCAGAUGAGGACACAUCAACAAGUUCUGAGAACUCCCAGCGACAAGAAACCAACAAGGUGAGCAGGAGGAAAGUGUUUUGCCAGAUAACACAGCAUAUUCUGGAAAACCAUGAAAUGUGGACAAGAGUCAUCGCUGCAGAAGCUCAGGAGGAAGCUCAGAAAGAGGAGCCAAACUGCAUCAGCAGCCCCACUGAUCCAAUCACAGCCAUUCACGAGGAAGAGGAAGAGCUAGCAAGCAAGGAGGAGGAGUCAACUGACGGCCUCGAUGAAAGGGAAGAGAUACCGGCUAUAGAGGAAGAAGAAAUCUUUCCACAAUCAGAGACUUCGGGGGAAAACGAUAAGGAACCAGAGUGAUAUUAUGAACUUUGUCUUCCUCGUUAAACCAGGAAUCUGAACGUUGUCUAAACAUUCGUAUUUCUUUCAUAACUAAACUCUUGAUAUGGUAGCCAGCACAUCACUUCGACACAACACUGUAGAAGAUAUCUGGGGUAAUAUGUGCCUAACAAAAACCUGGGUUUGAGGACAGGGAUUAUGCAUGCCCAGUUUAUCUGUUGAGGGAAGAGAGGUGCAAUGAGCAAAAGAAAAAAAAAAUAUUAGGACUCUAGGCCUACUUGUUUUUGCUCUAGUGUUUGAUUUAGUCUGGAUCGGCUGCCCUCACCCAGGCUGCCCGUCCCACUACAGGCUAACCACGCAGAUUCACAGAUUCAUUCCACCAGUGAGUAAUACACUGUCACAACCCCCCCCCCCCCCCCCCCCCCCACCUUGUUGUUGCACCCACAGCACACUGUGGAGCCACCCAGCUGGUGGAGGAUGUGCAACAAGUCCCUUCUCCGUGAAGACAAUGGGAUGAAAGCCAGGGAAAAGGCUGUGUCCAUUGGGGCUCAGCCGUGUGGAUUUGAGAGGGAGACGGGGAUAAAGGCCCAGUUGUAGUACAUUGUGAAUACGGACAUACACUCACACAAGCUUCACACACGCACACAAUGCUACUGUAGAAUCACAUUCCAUUCUCGGAACAGAUAAAAGUUUAACAAAGAACCCUGUUGCUCUAAAAGCUUUAUUCUCGCUCAAGGAAAAACAUACACAACAAGGGUUUUGUUCAUAUACUACAAUGUUUGUCCGCAUGUUCUCUCCCUGUGUUUUCUUACAAAAGUAAGCCCAGCACAUCUUCACGUUUCAAAGCCACACAACUCAGGAAGGCAGAAACCCAUAGAGAAAAAGUGGCCUGGACAGGACCUGUAGCUUCCUUGUCCUUUACUUGCCGCUUUUACAAGAUCUUCUUUCUAUGCUGUUUGUGAUGCUUUUGAACUACUCAGACACGUGGUGCCCUUUGUGAAAAACAAAGGUACCACAAGGAAAACAAGGUAAUAGAUCACAUUAUACUGUAGAACACAACUCUAUUGAAUUACUGCUACAACACUGCAGAUCAUAGUGUUAAUUACAUCAAAGCAACUUACAAGACACAAAACUAGCUAAUAAGGUCAUGUGUUUUGUCAAGAAAAUAUAAUUUAUAUUCAAAUGUUAUGCCACUUUCUAACUAAUGACCAGAAUUAUUUCUUCUUUGCAAUAUAAUUUAUAGCUGGUAUGUAGGCCAAUUUUUCCCAAAGUAAAGUAAUCCAGUAAGCCAUAGAGGCCCGGGAAAGAGUUACCUCACAGCUCCAAAUCACCAGAGAGGAUUAACCUCCAUCAUACAUAAGGAAAUCCAGGGGUUGCUGUGUACCCGCUAAAAAUGAUUCAAUCAGAACCAAAUCCUUCAUUUGUUAUGUUGCACCAAAUUGUAAAGACCCGUUUUUUUCUAAGCCUUGCUUUAAGGAAUAACACAAAACAAGGGUCACAGCUGCAUAAAUGUCUAUUGAUAAUUAAUAUAUAAUAUUAGUUAAUCCUUUUUAAAGUCAAAUUUAGAAUUGACGAAGUGUAAAACUGUAAUUUUCUGUGAUACUGUCAGGGUUUUCUUAACUAACACUGAGGAAAUCAAAAUAUGUUGUACAUGUAGUUAAUCCUCAAGGAGAGCCAAUAAAAAAGAAAAGUUAGAAUUUUACCAACACAGGUAAGGAGAUACAAGUGGUUUGAAAAAGGCUGUAAUUGAAGAUGUCUUUUAUUCUGCAUGGUUUCUUUUUAAAGUAGCAUGUAAUGGACAAAAAAUAUAGAAAAUAUAGAGUUAGAGAAUGUUUCGUUGAGAUCUUAUCAUACAUAGGUCAGCAGACCUGGAUCUUUUUUCUCCAUUUGCAGUCCUUACCAAUGACACAGUGUAUGGCCUAACGAGGUGUCUUUGCUCUCCUUUGAUGUUCUCAGAGAAUGAGACUGGUGGCGAUGGAGAAGAGUGUGAACACGGAGAACAGCCUUAGUAAUGAGACUUAGUAAUGAGAGAGGAAGGAGGAGAGGGAGAAGCCUUUUAGCCUGACUUGUAGCUGCUUAUGACAAGUCAAUGGGGGGUCUUAGAUCCCUUUCACAUUUCAGUAGAUUCCUCUAGAUGUAACCCUUUGAAGAUGAGCCAGUUUGGUCGGAUUCCAAAUCAUGUGAUGAUAUACGUCUCCAAGUCUGCAAAAUGUAUUACACAGAUACUCAGUACAGUGUAUUUGAUCUGACAUUGGCAAAGCUAUACGCAGCACUGGGGAUUCAGGUUCAGAGAUUUAUAGAUGCUUUGUGUCUUCACUUACUGAUGUGUAGCAGCAGUCAAUGUGUCAAAAUUGCAAAGUGAAUUCAUGCACACUUUAACACAAUUUAAAGACUUUUGGGAAUUUCGACAGCACUUUUGGUAGAAGCUGCCUUAAGGUUUGCUCAGGAGGCUGAUAAAUCACAGCGUGUAUCUGAGGGGCUCGUUAACAGAGGUAUUUCAGUUCAUUGAUAUGUUAUUUUUCUUCAGCUCUGUAGCAGGUAGGGAAUUUGCAAGAAUGCAGUCGUGGAAUCUCUGAGGCAACAUAAAAUGCCCAGGAGAAUUGUGAUUAGUUCAUUCACAGAGCAUUAGAUAGAAAUGCAAACAUCCUCUAAGGAUACCAAUUAUACUUAAUGAAAUGAAAUUAUUUAAAUCCACUGGACAAAACCAGACCAAGCAAUCUAUUGAAUAGGCUUGUUUGCAGACACUAUCGAAGUUUUUUUCUGGCUGAACUUGCCCUACUGUGACCCAAUUUUUUAAAUCAAUUAGAGUUUUACUAACUUUAAUACUGUCUAAAUCCUCAGCUGUAUCCAUUGCACUGUUAUCAAAACGCCCAUUGUGCAAAAGAGGCUUCAACUCUGCAACCUAAUGCCCUUGACUGCAUAUUUCUUUUGCACAGAGAAGGGUGCAAUGGUGAGAUUUCUUUCACUGCUAUAAAAAAAGAAAGCCUGUGCUCGUCGAUGCCUGAGCAUAUUGUUAGUGUUUCAGAUCCAGCUGAGAGGAAAGAAAACCAGGUUUAUUUAUUGUAGCACUUUUUAACAACAGGGAAGUUUGAGGUUAUUUGUAAAAGACAUAUUAUGCCUCAAAAAAAGAAAAACAAGUAUAUACAAAAAGACACAUUUGAAUGAAUAAAAUGAAAUGAAAGAUAAAAAAGCUUGAACAGAAUAAAAGAAAAGUUUCGAACUCAGUGCUGCUUCUCCAUGUUUAGUUCUGACUUUGGGGACGGUAAGCAGACCUGACGCUUCAUGACGGAGCAGAAGAUAAGGCUUUUAUUUUGGCCCUAAAGCCAUUCGGUGCUUUAUAGACCAACAAACAAAUAGUAAAUUCCUUGACACACAGGAGGCCAGUGUAGCAAUCUGAGAGCUGAUGUCGUCUCUUGGUUUUAGUGAGGACUCAGCGUUCUGAGGCAAUGCAGACGUCCGAUCGAUCCAAUUCUACAUCCUGCUGAGACGCAAACCUUUUAUUUUUUAUAUAAUCUUAUAGUGAUAUCAGAAUGAUUUGGUAAUUUUCUUAAGGCGGAUUUCAAAAUGUAGGUCUGACUCCAUGACUACACUUUUGAGUCCAUUAUUUCAGACAUUUAUAUUUUCAGUCAUUUUUUAGUUGGCGAACAAUUCCAUGUAGUUUCUCUUAUAAAACUUUAUCGGAAGUCCUUCCAGCGUUGCUAAAUUACCCCCAGCAUUGAAGUGGCUCAGUCCAUAAUGAAAGGAGCAAAUGUUGCUUGGCAACAGAAAAAAAGGAAAAGAGAAAGGGGUUAUCAGACCCCUGAACAAUGUACGUCUUAGCUGCCAAAACGUGCAGCAGUGUGUUUUUAGUAUAGCAAGUUGACUUAUAUUUACAUGUCCCUUGCUGGACCUUAUGUCUUCCAAUAGCCUGUCCUUGCAUUGGCUUCUCAUGAUAAGUUUAUCUGUAGUGGUGAGAAUGAUCUGCACACCAGCUGAUACACAACUAAGGCAACCUAAUGGGUCUUUUAGUUGACCCUUUUUGAAGAUCUGUAGCUAUCAAAUUUCAGCUUAAAAUGACAUAAACUGUAAAAAGCCUCCUGUAAACAACAGGAUGACGAAUGAGCUAUUGCUCCAUGCACUGUAAAUACGCGACGCACCGUAUAGUAUAUAUCGAGGCCUCACUUGCAAUCUAUUGUGCAUACUCUUGCAAUGGAUUUUUUCUUAUAUCUCACAUUUGCACCAUCCCAUGCCUACUUCUGUUUUGGAAUUUGUAGAUUUUCUCCCACUCCUUUCCCUUUAUUAUCCUGAAUUCCAACUGAUCAGAGAAUUCAAAGCUCACUCGGGAUCCAGUUAGUCAAAAUAGAUGCUUCCCUUCCUCUGAUCUCCCUUUCCAGCCCUGCCUCACUAACUGUAUACACUGCAGUGCAGCAAUCAAAGAGACGGAAUCAAAGCUGUGAUAGAGUUUGUGGUCACUAUUCUUUUUGUUAACAAUCUGAAGCUGUUUGUUGCCAUUGAGGUUUUUUUUUGUCAGACAUAAGGAAGGGUUUCCUCAAAUCUUAAAGAGUAGCUUUCUUCAUCUUCGUUGGCUGGUUUAAUAAGUGUCUUGUGAAAUGUAAAGUAGGCUACGCAUGAUUAAGUGAAACGUUUUAAAACACUGGUAGGAUCCCAGUUUUGCAGUAACUUUAACCCAACUCUGCAGUGAUGUCAUGGUGCACUGACACACCUUGAAUUACACUUGUACAUUACUAUUACAUGUCAUUUGUUAGACGCUUUUAUCCAAAGCAACUUACAUACAUUCAGUACUGUGGACAAUCCCCA